AUGAAUACCACGGGUGUAAACUACACCGCGGAGUUGGCCAGUUUCGCGGCCAAUGCCACCUUUUCUGCGAUCCCGUCGAGCUUUCUGGCAUUACUUCCGAUUUCCAUCCUCGAUACUUUCUCCACCAUGCUCGCCGGCUCAGUUCAGCCCGUCUACCGCUCUGCCAUCAAGGCGGUGGACAUCACGUACGGAACCGGGAGCACGCAUGCUGCGUACACCGCGCUCGACGGCACAGUCUCCUCACUCUCUGGUCAGAUGUUCUUGUUGGGCCUGGCUGCAGCCGACUUCGAAUUCGAGCAUGUCAUUCAAAACGCGCACCCGGCUUCUGCCAUGUUUCCAGCCUUGCUGUGCGUUGCGGCCGCUCACCACAAGGCUGGCAAAGAGCUUCUCGCGGCAAUGGCGGUCGGAUACGAACUCGCAACCAGAAUCGGCGCAGCCAGCACAGCACACGUGGAGUCUGUCAGAGGCUUUCAUAACCCUGGGUUAAAUGGAGAUCUGGCCACCGCUGCUGCGGUGGGGCGCCUCAUGGGAUGGGACGCUGACACCAUCGCAUCGGCAAUGGGCCUAGCUGCUUCUAGUUCGGGUGGUCUCCUGGCCUUCGUCAAUACCGGCGCAAUGACCAAGCGCCUGCAUGCUGCUCGCGCAGGCCAACUUGGUGCUGAGGCCGCCUUUCUGGCUCAUGCGAGGGUCGUCGGCCCUGCAAAUGUCCUUGAGAACCCGCUAGGAUUCUUCCAUGCCUUCUCGCCGGGUCCACAACCUAGCCUCCUGACCGCCGGAUUAGGCGCGAACUGGACCGGAGAACAGAUGAUCCUCAAAUUGGCACCUGUCCACGCACGCGCGCAGGGCUUCGUAUUUGCCAUCAACGACUAUCGAACUCGUACAAACCAGAGUUGGAGUGCCGGGGCCAUCAAGAACGUCACCAUCUAUGCGGGUCCAGCGGUUCUGGCGUCGAGCAAUUGGAUCCCUCAGCCGAAUUCACUUGUGUCGGCCCAGUACAGCGUUCCCUUCGGCAUCGCCGCAGCUCUGACAGUCGACCUACGAGACCCACUCAACAUGAACGACGCAUUGGUGUCAAACACGACAGCGCAGUCAAUUGCGGCGGGUAUGAAACAUGUCCAGAUCACUGACAACGCCGAGGACCUGGCCGGAUACAUGACCUUGGAGAUCCAGGGGCAAGAAAUCAACAUCACGGCCAACAAGUAUCCUGGCAUUCCCGGCGAUCCGGGAUACGCGCAAGCGGCCAAGAACAAAUUCGCAAGCGUUACUCAAGGCCUAUCCGUGAGUGCCCAGGGUGCUGCUGUAGAGAAGAAGAUCGCCGAUGUAUCCAACCUCACGGACGCGUCGGUGUUGUUGGAGGAAAUGGUCGAGGUUGGAACCGCAGCUGCCGCGAAUUUUGGCUCCAGCACGGACACGAUCUUGGGCACUUUGAAGGCGUAUCACGCCGGUCAAGCGCGAAGCAGGGUCCUGCCUUGA